CUGCUGCAGAGCGGCCGGGAGGAGGGUGGGUCUCCCUAGAGCGGAGCGCCGGAGUCCUCCUCCGCCGCCGCCCAGGCCGCCGCCGCCCUCCCGACUCCUGCCGCGCCUUGCGCGGAACUCCGAGCACAGAGCCGAGCGCGGUCCGAUCGGCGCAGCCGAAGCCCGAGAGCCCGCGGGGCGAGCGGCUCGCGGUGCAGAUUCUUCUUACUCCUCUGAAGACUCUGGGAAACAGGAUGGCUGCAAAUAAACCCAAGGGUCAGAAUUCUUUGGCCUUACACAAAGUCAUCAUGGUGGGCAGUGGUGGUGUGGGCAAGUCCGCCCUAACUCUGCAGUUCAUGUAUGAUGAGUUUGUAGAGGACUAUGAACCUACCAAAGCAGACAGCUACAGGAAGAAGGUAGUGCUGGAUGGGGAGGAAGUGCAGAUCGACAUCUUAGACACAGCUGGGCAGGAGGACUACGCUGCAAUUAGAGACAACUACUUCCGAAGUGGGGAGGGGUUCCUCUGCGUCUUCUCUAUCACAGAGAUGGAGUCCUUUGCAGCCACAGCGGACUUCAGGGAGCAGAUUUUAAGAGUGAAAGAAGAUGAGAAUGUUCCGUUUCUCCUGGUUGGAAACAAAUCAGAUUUGGAAGAUAAAAGGCAGGUUUCUGUAGAAGAGGCAAAAAACAGAGCUGACCAAUGGAACGUUAACUAUGUGGAGACAUCUGCUAAAACGCGCGCCAAUGUUGACAAGGUAUUUUUUGAUUUAAUGAGGGAAAUUCGAGCCAGAAAGAUGGAAGACAGCAAAGAAAAGAAUGGAAAAAAGAAGAGGAAAAGUUUAGCCAAGAGAAUCAGAGAAAGAUGCUGCAUUUUAUAAUGGAAGCCCAAACUCCUUUCUUAUCCUGACCAUACUAAUAAAUGUAAUUUAUAAGCAUUGCCAUUGAAGGCUCAUUGACUGAAAUUACUCUAACAUUUUGGAAAUUGUUAUGUGUCACUAAAAGCAUGAAUCGGAACUGCACUGGAAGUCAAAUUCACUUAAAAAAGAAAUUGUGUGGCUUCACCAAGAAGCAGAGCUCAACUUAUUUCAUAAUUGCCUACAUUUAUCACAGUCCUGAAUGUAGCGUGUAAGCUUGUUUUGGGGGGGGCAGUCUUUCUUGAAUUGUUAAUCAAGAGGUAAGAUGGGGUGGGUGGGAGGAACGGCCACUUCCUCUGAUGUUUAUUAUAAAGCUUAAAUUUUAUAUUAUUUUAAAAUGUCUUGGUCUUCUACUGCCUUGAAAAAUGACAGUUGUGAACAUGUUAACUGUACCACUUUUUAAACUGUUGUUAUGCAAAUCUAGAAGAAGAAGUUACUGGCAUGGUUGUUGCAUAUAGUAAAACUGAGAGUAAUU